AUUAAAAAGGGGAUCUUGAAACAAAUUUGUGAAAAGGAAACGGAAAUAUUGAUACUGAAACAACUCGCAGAUUUUAGAAGUAUUUACUGCAGAAUUGAGAAAAAUCACAUUUGGGAUUCCUCAGGGUGCCAACCAGGAGUCCCUUCUAUUUAAUAUCUAAGAUAAGUAGCUAUGCAGGGGACACACAACUCUACAUUAGUGCCACCAAGGGACUAUCAACCUAUUCAAGCAAUGAGUUCAGACAUGAGCACAAGCAUUUCAAACAAGUCAGUUAAAAUUGGUACAGACAUUAAAAUGAACAUAACUAUCUAGUAGGCCAAAAUGUUGGUUUUAUUUAUUUUCCAAUCUUUUUUGUUUCUCUUUUUACAACAUCACUAAACUCAAUAUGCUUUCUCAUAAUUAUUAUUGAUAUUAGGUUAAUUUCUGAAGAGGCCUUUAUGACCCCAAGCGGGUUCCCGACCCCAACUUUGGACUCAGUGGAAGCCGCGAAUCGGAAGCUAACUUCGUCGUCGUGUUGAACAAAAAUUUUAUCUAGAUUUUCUUUCUAUUAUUUUUAUUUGAAACAAAUGGCUGACAUUUUAUCAUUGAAAGAAUCAGUUCUGGUUUAUUUAGACAGAAGUGGUGGUCUUCAGAAACUUGAGGACGACUGCAGACCUCUAAACGACCCCCAGCAGACCGAGGCAGUCUACAGGUUCAGGGUUCUUGUAAAUCCUUCAGAUUUAAUAGAAAUGGAUCCUAGACUAGGGGACUGUGUCCUGCAUGAUCCCCUCAGAGCGACCGGUCUGUUUCAGUCAGUGUGUUUUUUGGCUAUAAAAACACUUUCAUUUACUGACAAAAUACAUUCAGCGAGUCAGGUGAACGUUUCUCUGAAUUUUACACAUCUUCCUCCAUUCCCCGAGUACACGUUGGACCUCAGCGGUUUUCACCAAGUGUACGGUCCCAUGAGGCCCGUCUCCAUGGAGGGGGCAGUCAUUGCCAUAACGAGGGUCACCAAAUACACCCAGGGGGCAAGAUUCCUCUGUACUGAUGAUGACUGCCCUGGCUCUACAGGGUUCCACCACAUCCGAGUCCACGCACCUGGAGCCACCGAGUCAGCCACGGUGAGAAAUGACUUCAGCUGCAUGAUCUGCAGCUCCCCGCUGAAGGAGGAUGUGAAGUUUAGAGUGUUAGGAGACAAACAGCUGGUGGAGCUGAUCCAUGUCGAAGCGUUGGAUGUCCUGAGAGGCCGACAGCAGAGCUCUUUCAGAUACCAAUCUGUCACGCUGUUUCUCAGAGAUGAACUGUGCCACUCGAUGACAAUUGGUCAACUCUACAGGGUGGUAGGCAUCCCUGUGCUUGUGCGUCAGUGGCCGAGCAUCACCUGGAGCGUGGAGGCAAACAGCGUUCAGCCGUGGGAGCCGCAACCUCUGCCUCCAGGCUGCCGUAAAGAGUCCCCCAGAUUCCUGGAGCUGUCGGAGCGCGUGGCUCCUUCUCCCUGGGGGUUCCCCGCCAUCGUCGCUCACUGCUUUGGGCUGGACCUGACUCCUCCCGGCUUGUACAACACACUUAAACUGUGUCUGCUGCUCAGCUUGGUGCAGACCAGAACCGAUGCAGACGAUCCCGGUUUGGAUCUCCUGGUGGUCACGGCUGACACACUCGUGUUAGACAGACUAAUGGCGUACAGUUUGAGUCUGGCGUGUCGCGGGGUCAGACAUCAGGCCUCCGCUGAGAUGUUUGCCUCUCUGUCCCGAGACGAACAUGGAGCAGGAACCGCCAACAUCCACGCUGGCUCUGCACUUCUCGCCUCUGGGGGCAUUUGCAUGCUGGGAGAUCUUGGCUUUUACAGAAAGGACAAGCUGGACCACAUACAGUCAGUUCUGGAGAGCCGCUGUGUGUCUGUGUUCAUCCCUGGGAAGAAGUACGGAGAGGAAGCUGACCAGCAGCUUUCCUUUCCAGUCCAGUGCAACUUCUGGGCUCUCACAGACUCCUCUCAGCGCUGUGGGAGGGCGGACUCAGCUGUACUGGGAACUGCAGAAACGGGUCCUGUGCAAGCCCAGCUAGCGGAAACCUUUGGCCUCGUCAUUCAGUGUGGGGAUAGGGUGGGAGAGCGGGGCGCGGUCACCCAGGCGCUCCACACCCUCCAGCAAGCUGUGCAGCCUGGAAGUCACCCUCGCCCAGCCUGCUGGGAGUUUUCCACUGAAGACUACCAGGAGCUGGUGGCUCGUUCUCGCGGCUUGCAAGUGGAGCUCAGCCCCGAAGCAAAGAAGCUGAUCCACGGUUACUACAUGGCGAGCCGUCGAGCUCGCACUCGGAGUCAGGGAGUCAAGAUUUCUUUGGCCUCCAUCAAACUGCUGAUCUCUUUGGCCGAGGCUCACUGCAAGCUCUGCCUCAGGACUAAAGUGCUGGAGGAAGACGCGGUGAUCGCUGUGCUGCUGUGUGAAAACUCAGUCACUCUCAAGCAUGGGGCCUCUGCCCUCGUUAUCCCCCCUGAUGCAGUUUUUCCUUGCGACUUGGAAGAUGUGGACAGUCUACAAAGGAGAGACGCCGCUCUGGACCAGCUCCACCAGAUUAUCUUGCGCUUUGUCUAUACAUUCGCGCCAGGAGCCAAUGCGUAUAUUACAGAGGAGUAACGUCUCUCAAAAUGUUCAGUAAGUGUUCGAGUCAAAUGGGCAAUAUAGGUGGUGGCUAGUAUCAACACGUCGAGUUUGGACAGCUUGGUAUCCGGCGGCACCGACGGUAAA